CCGGGAGGUUUCACUGCACAACAAGAUGGCGGCGGCGGCGGCGAGCGGAGCUGGCGGGGCUGCCGGGGCCGCAGCGGGGGGAGCCGGGCCGGCGGGCCGCCUGCUGCCUCCACCCGCCCCGGGGCCCCCGGCCGCCCCAGCUGCCGUGCCCCCGGCGGCUGGCCCGCCGCGUCCCCCAGCCCCGGCCUCCCGCGGGCCGGUGCCUGCCCGCAUCGGCUACUACGAGAUCGACCGCACCAUCGGCAAGGGCAACUUCGCUGUGGUCAAGCGGGCCACGCACCUCGUCACCAAGGCCAAGGUUGCUAUCAAGAUCAUAGACAAGACCCAGCUGGAUGAAGAAAACUUGAAGAAGAUUUUCCGGGAAGUUCAAAUUAUGAAAAUGCUUUGCCACCCCCACAUCAUCAGGCUCUACCAGGUUAUGGAGACAGAACGGAUGAUUUAUCUGGUGACAGAAUAUGCUAGUGGAGGGGAAAUAUUUGACCACCUGGUGGCCCACGGCAGGAUGGCAGAGAAGGAGGCCCGUCGGAAGUUCAAACAGAUUGUGGCAGCUGUCUAUUUUUGUCACUGUCGGAAUAUUGUUCAUCGUGAUCUAAAAGCUGAAAAUUUGCUUCUGGAUGCCAAUCUGAAUAUUAAAAUAGCAGAUUUCGGCUUCAGUAACCUGUUCACUCCCGGGCAGCUGCUGAAGACCUGGUGUGGAAGCCCUCCCUAUGCCGCGCCCGAACUCUUUGAAGGAAAGGAAUAUGAUGGGCCCAAAGUGGACAUCUGGAGCCUUGGAGUCGUCCUGUAUGUGCUUGUGUGCGGUGCCCUGCCGUUUGAUGGGAGCACACUGCAGAAUCUGCGGGCCCGCGUGUUGAGUGGAAAGUUCCGCAUCCCAUUUUUUAUGUCCACAGAGUGUGAGCACCUGAUCCGCCACAUGCUGGUGUUAGACCCCAGUAAACGCCUCUCGAUGGAGCAGAUCUGCAAGCACAAGUGGAUGAAGCUAGGGGACGCCGAUCCCAACUUUGACAGGUUAAUAGCUGAAUGCCAGCAAUUAAAGGAAGAGAGACAGAUUGACCCCCUGAAUGAGGAAGUCCUCUUGGCCAUGGAGGACAUGGGACUGGACAAAGAGCGGACACUACAGUCAUUAAGAUCGGAUGCCUACGAUCACUAUAGUGCAAUCUACAGCCUGCUAUGUGAUCGACAUAAGAGACACAAAACCCUGCGUGUCGGAGCACCUCCUAGCUUGCCCCGUGCCAUGGCCUUUCAAGCACCAGUCAAUGUCCAGGCGGAGCAGGCCGGUGCCACCAUGAACAUCAGCGUUCCCCAGGUGCAGCUAAUCAACCCUGAGAACCAGAUUGUGGAGCCGGAUGGGACAUUGAACUUGGACAGUGAUGAGGGUGAAGAGCCGUCCCCUGAAGCGUUGGUCCGCUAUUUGUCAAUGAGGAGGCACACAGUGGGUGUGGCUGACCCACGCACGGAAGUUAUGGAAGACCUGCAGAAGCUCCUGCCUGGUUUUCCUGGAGUCAACCCUCAGGCCCCAUUCCUGCAGGUGGCCACUAACAUGAACUUCAUGCACAACCUGCUGCCCAUGCAAAACUUGCAACCAACUGGACAGCUUGAGUACAAGGAGCAGUCCCUCUUACAGCCUCCCACCCUACAGCUGCUGAAUGGAAUGGGCCCCCUCGGCCGGAGGGCAUCAGAUGGAGGAGCCAACAUCCAACUACAUGCCCAGCAGCUGCUGAAGCGCCCACGGGGACCCUCCCCGCUUGUCACCAUGACACCAGCAGCACCGGCAGUUACCCCUGUGGACGAGGAGAGCUCAGAUGGGGAGCCAGACCAGGAAGCUGUGCAGAGGUACUUGGCAAAUAGGUCCAAAAGGCACACACUGGCCAUGACCAACCCUACAGCUGAGAUCCCACCGGACCUACAGCGGCAGCUAGGACAGCAGCCUUUCCGUUCCCGGGUCUGGCCUCCUCACCUGGUACCUGAUCAGCAUCGCUCUACCUACAAGGACUCCAACACCCUGCACCUCCCCACGGAGCGUUUCUCCCCCGUGCGCCGGUUCUCAGAUGGGGCUGCAAGCAUCCAGGCCUUCAAAGCUCACUUGGAAAAGCUGGCCAACAGCAGCAGCAUCAAACAGCUGCAGCAGGAGUGUGAGCAGCUGCAGAAGAUGUACGGGGGGCAGGUUGACGAAAGAGCCCUGGAGAAGACCCAGCAGCAGCACGUGCUGUACCAGCAGGAGCAGCACCACCAGAUCCUCCAGCAGCAGAUCCAGGAUUCUAUCUGUCCUCCUCAGCCUUCUCCACCUCUCCAGGCUGCAUGUGAAAAUCAGCCAGCCCUCCUCACCCACCAGCUCCAGAGGUUACGGAUCCAGCCUUCAAGCCCACCCCCCAGCCACCCCAACAACCAUCUCUUCAGACCACCCAGUAAUAGUCCUCCCCCCAUGAGCGGCGCCAUGAUCCAGUCUCACGGUGCUGCGUCGCCCUCCCAGUUUCCGGGCUUACCCUCCCGCAGUGCUGUCUACCAGCAGCAGCCUGAGAACUGCUCCCCCCCUCCCAGCAUGGCCCUCACCUGCCUGGGCAUACAGCAGCCCGCCCAGUCACAGCAGGUGACCAUCCAAGUACAGGAGCCUGUUGACAUGCUCGGAGGCAUGCCGGGGGCCACUGCGGGCUCUGCUGGGCGGGGCAUGUCCAUCAGCCCCAGUGCCAGUCAGAUUCAGAUGCAGCACCGUACCAACCUGAUGGCCGCCUUCAGCUAUGGGCACCGCCCCCUGUCCAAGCAGCUGAGUGCCGACAGCGCGGAGGCCCACAGCUUGAACGUGAAUCGGUUCUCCCCUGCUAACUACGACCAGGCGCAUUUACACCCCCAUCUGUUUUCGGACCAGUCCCGGGGUUCCCCCAGCAGCUACAGCCCUUCAACAGGAGUGGGGUUCCCUCCAACCCAAGCCCUGAAAGUCCCUCCACUUGACCAAUCGCCCACCUUCCCUCCCAGCGCACAUCAGCAGCCACCGCACUAUACUACGUCGGCGCUGCAGCAAGCCCUGCUGUCCCCCACGCCGCCAGACUAUACCCGACACCAGCAGGUACCCCACAUCCUCCAAGGACUGCUCUCCCCCCGGCACUCACUCACCGGCCACUCGGACAUUCGGCUGCCCCCGGCAGAGUUUGCACAGCUCGUUAAAAGGCAGCGGCAGCAGCAGCAGCAGCAGCAGCAGCAGCAGCAGCAGGAGUACCAGGAGCUGUUCAGGCACAUGAGCCAGGGGGACGCUGGGAGUCUGGCUCCCGGUCUCGGGGGACAGAAUAUGACAGAGCGCCAGGCUUUAUCGUAUCAGAAUGCUGACUCGUAUCACCACCACCACACCAGCCCCCAGCACCUUCUCCAAAUCAGGGCACAGGAACGCAUGGCUCAGGCUUCCUCCCCCAGCCCGGCCCAUGGGUACGCUCACCAGCCAGUGCUCACGCACUCGGAGAGCAUGGAAGAGGAGGACCCCUGUGAGGCGGCCAAGGAUGGCUUUCCGGACAGGACGAGCCCCAAUACAGCGACCAGAGGUUGCCGUGACAGCACCCUACUCUUGAGUACUGGCGGACCCGGGGACCCCGAAUCUUUACUGGGAACUGUGAGCCACGCACAGGAAUUGGGGGUACAUCCCUACCGGCAUCAGCCACCUGCUGCAUUCGGUAGAAACAAGGUGUCCAGCCGAGAGUCUGUGAUAGGGAACUGCAUGGAUAGAAGUUCUCCGGGACAAGCAAUGGAGCUGCCGGAUCACAAUGGACUUGGGUACCCAACACGCCCCUCUGUCAAUGAGCACCACAGGCCCCGGACCCUCCAGAGACACCACACGAUCCAGAACAGUGAUGAUGCUUAUGUGCAGCUGGAUAACUUGCCGGGAAUGAGUCUCGUGGCUGGAAAAGCACUUAGUUCCGCCCGGAUGUCAGAUGCGGUUCUCAGUCAGUCCUCGCUCAUGGGGAGCCAGCAGUUUCAAGAUGGGGAAAAUGAAGAAUGCAGGGAGAAUCUAGUUGGUCACGAGCAUCCGGACCUGGCUGACGGCAGCCAGCAUUUAAAUUCCUCUUGCUAUCCAUCCACGUGCAUCACAGACAUUCUGCUCAGCUACAAGCACCCCGAGGUCUCCUUCAGCAUGGAGCAGGCAGGCGUGUAACAGGAAACGGAGAGUUUGUGUACAGCUCGGGAAUGAAAUGACUUUACACCAACAGUAUCUAGCAGCAUUGCGCCAAAUUGCCCUUGUGUUUCUGUCCACCUAGAGCGUCACGGCUCCUUUCCUCACUUUGGUUCAUCAGUGUGCGGUUCUUUCGGGUUCUGAGGGGGUUUUGCCAUGUUUGCUCGUAUGACCGAGUCACCAAGGAAAUAAACGGGAUAUUCGUGUUCGCCA